ACGUUGUUGCAGACUCGAUGCUCAACUAUCUCAGCAUCUGUCUUGAUCUUGACGGUGGUCUUUAGACAUUUCAUCUCUGUUGCUUUUAUAAUUUUACACAUAUACAAAAUCAGUUAAAUAAUUACACUAAAAAAUAAUAACUAAACAAGUCUCUAAAUAACAAAAUAAUUAAAUAAAAAAAAAAAAUAGGAGUUAAAAAAUAAUUAAGUUUGGUUACUAAGUUUGUUACAAGAGUUCCCUGAAAUAUAUCAACAUUAUCGAUGUGAUUUUUAACAUUUUCACCACCCCAGUAAAUAUAUCCCGCAUUAAUCACCAAGCCAGCGCUGAUGGAACAAAUCGAGUUAAAUUUAUUAAAAUCAAACGUCUCGGGUUGUCGUGGAAACUCGUGAGGCAUUAACAGCCAUGGGAAUCUCGUCAGAAUAAUUCCAAGAUCGAUUGUUUCAUCAACCCGGUGGUAAAUUUCAGGUAAUUAGUCUGCGGAUAGAAUAAAAAAAUGGCUAGGCGUAAAAAAAGUGAUACCGGAGCUGUCCAAAAGCCCGUUAAUCCAGUAGCUGUCAGAAAAUCAACCCGUCAGAGCGCCAGAAGAUUGUCAGUGGAUGACAAAAAAGUUAAUGGAGACACUAGUUAUCAAACAACACCAGUCCAAGAAGACCAGCAGGUAAAUCCGGUUAAUAGUGACGAAAGUGCUGCUACGGUUCCAAUAAAAGUUAAGAAAAAACGCGGAAGGAAACCUCUUAAUCGUAAUAAAAUAAAUGUUGAUGAUAGUGCUAAAGUUAUUGUUAAUAAAAUCGAGGACGUCACUGUGGAGCUUGACGGCAGCAGCUCUGAGAAUAUUAAAGCAGAUGAUGAUGACAACGUUGCAAUAAUAGUUACCGAGGAGUUUUCGAGUCUUAAUACCGAGGAAGACUCCAGGCAGAUGGUGUGGGAAGACGGGGAAGUUAUUGAAGAGACUAUUAUCUGCGGAAGCAUGGACGUAGAUAAUGGUCAGCUUGAGGAGGAGGGCUGUCUCGACACCACUGUUGUCCUUGAGCAAGUUUUGCUGGUUAAUGAGCCUAAUUAUGAGGGUAAAGAAGUCGUUGAGUUUACUGUUAUUCAAAAUGAAGACGGGACUGAGUCGAUGGUUAUGACUUCUGAGGAAGGUUUUAAAGCUAGUGAGUAUGAUAGUAGUGUAAGUUGUUUAAAUACUGACCAGGUUUCACCUAAAGAAAAUCAGAAUCAAGAUCAGGAUCAAAAUUACGAGCCAGAAGACGAGGAAGCUUCUAAAGAAGUUAUUUUUGUCAGAGAGGAGGUUGAGGAGGUUACUAUUGAGGAUGGUGAAACUUUAAUUAAAGCUGAAGAUGAAUUAUCAAGUGAAGUAAUUGUUACUGAAGAUAAAGCGGUGAGUAAUGUCAUAAAUGACAGUGACACUAAGUUAAGUGAUAAGUUGGAUAUUGUCGAGGUUAAAGCAACUGUUGUUGAUAAUCUUCAGGUUAAUUUAAAUAAAGUAGAUAAUUUUGAAAAAUGUAAAGUUAUUGACGCUGUUAUUGCUGAUUCGUCGCUAGUGUCGUGCCCUAGCUCGCCAAUUGUUGAAAAUGGAACCUCAGAUUCUUCUAAUUCAAACAUUGUUCCGGUUAAACGUAAGCGAGGAAGACCUCGAAAGGAGCCUUCGAUUUCUCCGAGCGAGUUGGAGAAAAAUUUAGCUACUAUUUCGAUAAAUGAAGUACCUAAAGAAAGUGAUAUGGUUGAUGGAACGUCCUUGGGUGUAAGUAAUUCUAACAAUGAUUCUCUUGUUAUUAACAAGCCGUCUGAAGAACUUUUUGAACAGCUCGCUAAUGUUAGCAAUCAAGAGAGUGUAAAAAAUGAUAAACUUGAAGAAAAAUUGAGUGUUUUUAAAGAAGACAUGGAUUCUACGGAAAGAGCGUUGGAUCGCACACCAACUCCUACUGACGGGUUCAAGCCGAGCAAGACUAUCAACAGAUCUCAGAGUGUUGAAGAACUUUCCCGAGAAAGUGGGCUGGAUGUUAAAACAGACUCUGAUGAUAUUAAAUUGUCCAGCAGUAGCGACAACAGCAAUGACACAGUGUCGUUAAAUGGGGUCAAGUUGCCUGAGUUUGGUGAUAAAUCAUCAGGAAUCGCUGAAGGCGACAAGAAGAUCGGGUUCCGUAGCAGGAGUGGCAGCACCGACACCACUGGCUCCGAAAGUGGCUCCAAUAGCUCAAAUGUACGUCGUAGCAGCAGAAUUCGUUCUCAAGGCUUGAUGAAACCGCGAUCUAGAGGCCGUGGGUUGGUAACUAAGCCCAUUGCGGAUUUUCUAAAGCUCCCGUUGGAGCGAGACAAGCUCCAGCCGGUUAACACACCCGUCCAAGCGCUGAGAGACACUCCAGACAGUCAGUCUGAGACCCAGUCGGACAAAGAAAAUAGUAUUAAAACUCCUCUUUCGGAGUUUAAUGCCUCAGUCAGCUCCAGUUUGAUCACUGGAUAUGAUUCAGACUCGACAAAGCCUGUAAAAGUUAAAUCACGCUGGAGAAGGUCCAGCGAGCUUGAGAUGCAUGCGGGAUCUCGAUUGUCUUUCGGUGGCCUUACUGCUGGUCCAACUACCAGCGAUAUAUCUAAUUCUUUGCCUGCGAUAUCGGAAGCCGUUCCGACAAUUCCUCUUUUUUCGUCAAAAGACAGCGAGGUUAAAGAUUUAAAUGGUUCGGGGAAUCCCUCGCCUGUUCCCGCGAUAGUUCCGCAAGUUCCAGAGGAAAAGGACAAAGAGAUAGAAGAUAGGUUGAGUCAGUUUGAAUAUUUGAAGGAAAAUUUGUACCUUACUGAAAGAUAUACCAAUAAGGAAACUAAAAGGAUGGUUUGUGAUUGUUUUUUAACUGAAGAGGAGAUUGAAAGAGGCGAGCUUGGUUGCGGUGAAGACUGUCUUAAUAGACUGCUGAUGAUCGAGUGUGGCUCGAGGUGUGUUGUCAGCGAUCGGUGUACCAAUAGGAGGUUCCAAAGCUGCUCUUAUGCUAAGUGCGAGGUUUUUAGGACUGACAAAAAGGGUCUGGGCUUACGCGCGACUGCGGAUUUAGACGCUGGGGAGUUUAUUAUGGAGUAUGUUGGCGAAGUUGUUGACCCUAAAGACUUCAGAAAGCGUGCUAAGGAAUAUUCCAAGGACAAGAAUAAACAUUACUAUUUUAUGUCGCUUAAAUCUGACCAGAUAAUUGACGCAACAAUGAAGGGUAAUAUCUCACGAUUUAUUAAUCACAGUUGCGACCCGAAUGCUGAGACUCAAAAGUGGACUGUUAAUGGGGAGUUAAGGAUUGGUUUCUUUAAUCGGCGCUUUAUUGCCGCUGGCGAGGAGAUUACUUUUGAUUAUCAUUUCCAGAGGUAUGGUAAGGAGGCCCAGAAGUGUUUUUGUGAGGCGUCAAACUGCCGCGGGUGGAUCGGCGAGACUCCGGAGGAAGAACAGGAGAAGACUGAGAAGAAAGAGACCCGAGAGCGGGAACGAGAGAAGGAUGUUAAGAAAAAGAGGGAGGUUAAGAAGGUUUAUGUUGAGGAUGAAGAUCUGGAUGAGGAGAUUGAUAAGCUUUGUAUAGGCGGGUUGAAGAAUCGCGCUCAUACUUUGACUCUAAGUCGGCUGAUGGUUCGUAGUAGGGAAAUUGAGCACCGGACUAGGUUGUUGAAGCUCAUUCAGAGUGGCGAGCAACCUUGCAGAAGGUUGUUCUUGGAUUAUCAUGGGCUUAGGCUGAUGUGGAGUUAUAUGAUGGACGUUGCUAGUUUGGAGACAGAAGAAGCGAUGUUGUUUAGACUUGAGCUGCUCAAGACUCUCAGUACACUGCCAAUUCCUAAUAAAACUAUGCUGAUGGACAGUAAGGUUUAUAGUGUUGUUCAAAAGUGGUCCGAUCAACAGUAUUUGUCCCCGAAGUCUGAAUCUCCCAAAGAUGAAGCUGAUAAAUUGAAGGGUGAAGAAAUUGAAGGUAACUGUGAUAAUGAUGACAAGUCUGGUGAAUCAGCCGGGUUGAGUAAGAAAGAUAAGAAUGAUAAAGAUGAACCUGGGAGUGGAGAUGUUAGCCCAACUGGAAUAACUGGAGUAACUGGAGCAGCUGGACCGGAUCAUGCUAAAAUUAUUCAAGAGCUGGCGAAUAAUUUAUUGAACGACUGGCUGAGUCUUAAAGAAGUGUUCCGGAUACCAAAGAAAGAAAGGAUUGAGCAGAUGAAGGAGCAUGAAAGAGAAGCUGAUAGUGGGUACAGAGAAGAUCUCAAGAAGGAGGCUAAAGAAUCUUCUUCUACUUCGUCGUCGGCUUAUGAUAGGCGCAGGUCUGAUAAGUACGACCGGAGACGAGGGAGAGACAGUCCUGAGCCGGAUAAUCAUCGUAAGGACAACAAACGAACAAAUGAUUCUAUGUCGAGGUUGUCUAAACUUGAACGGAGACAGCUUUUUGCGCUGAAGGUCGCUAAAGAGGAGGAAGAACGGUUGAGGAGACAGCAACAAGAGAUGUGGCAAGAACACGAGUCCAGGUGUCAUGGAUUGGGCAUGGAUCCACAUACUACUGCUGCUGUUGAUCCUCAAACGGGGUAUCCGUUGUUUUUUAACCCGGCUUUGGGACAGUGGCAGUCUUAUCCUCUGCAAGAGCCUCAGCAUCCGGAUAUGUUCAUGAAUAACAGGGUGAUGCCGGUUCCCAAUCAGAAUUCCCAUCCGAUGCCCAGUGAAAUUCCUCCGGGGAUGCCGCCGUAUGGAAUGACUCAGCCUCCGGUGCCGUACAAUGUUGGGCCGAUGGUUGGAGUUCAUCCUCCUCAACCUUUCGCGGUAGACGGACAUAUGAUGCCGGGUAAUUUGAUGCCCAUUCAUAAUGGGUCUACUCCGCCGUUGCCCAUUCCGCAGGCUCACUGUCCGGUUUUUAUGGAGAAACCCGUGGAACAGUUCACUCCGACUCCUAUGGAAGCUGUUGAAGAUACUCCUGAACCUCCGGUUCAACAGACUGUUGAGCUACCGCCUAUUGAUCUGCCGCCCAAGUGGAAGUGUGCGAAAGACGCUAGGGGUAGGUGUUACUUUUAUCAUGUUAAAGAACGGAUUUCUCAGUGGUUGCCACCACCUCCGGUUCAUAUUGGGGGUCAGCAGGAUACUAGUUCUAGCUCGGAAUCUAGUGAAGAGUCGAGUUCGUCCGAGGAGGAGGUUGAUGAGCUUGAGGAUGAUGAUGAUCAUGAUGAUACUGAAAUGCUCAGGGGGGUUUUGGAGCAGAUUAAGAUUCCGACGAAGCAGAAUCCUCGGGGGAGUGCUGGGGUUCCGUCGGAACCUAAGAAACGAAGAGAUGGGCUUGUUCAAGAAAGGAUUAUAAGUCCUCGUCGAGAAGAAAAAGUCGAUCACAGAAAAUACAAGGAAAUCAAAGAAAAGCAACGAAGGCAUAAAGAGCGAGCCAAGUUGAAAGAACAAAUGGAGAAAUUAAAGAAACAUCGACGUGCUAAUAAAGCAAAAUACCAUGCAAGACACACGGCAAUAAAGUUGCAAGCGAUUGCCGAGUCGAACGAACUCACUACCGAGCGAAAAAUAAAGGAUACAUUCAGGAUAAACAUGGCGAACGUAAUCGUCAGAUUCUUGAAUCCUUAUCGUCAGCAUGACUGCAAGCAGGGACGAAUUACCAACACAGAAGAUUUUAAAUAUUUAGCGAGAAAGCUUACACACUUUGUACUAGCAAAAGAACUGAAGCACUGUAAAAGCGUCGACGAAUUGCAGUGCAACGAAAAUGUUAAACAUAAAGCUAAGGAUUUUGUACGUAAAUACAUGGGUAAAUUUGGACCUAUAUAUCAGAGAUCAUCCGAUGAAGAUUAAAUAUUAAAUUUAUUAUUAAUUAUUAUAUAAAUAUAAAUAACUAUUUUAUUUUUUCAAAUCGAGAUCAUCUCACGCUCGUAAAUAUCCUUUAGAAAAAAUAAAAUAGUUUAUCGUAAUUAUUUAAAUGUAGAUAUAUUUACUAUUUAAUUAGUGAUAAAUGAAAUUAAUUAUGUAAGGUAGAUACAAUUUUUAUUGAAGUGAUGAUGCAUGGUAUAUAUAUACAUUUGUGUGUAUAUAUACAUAUAAAAACAAAUUACUUAUUCAUUACUUUAAAUAGUUAUUUAUAAGUCGAUUUUUUAUCAGUCCUUGUACAGUGUCGUGUAGUCCUGGAUAUUUUUAUUUUAUCUUUUGUUAAAUAGUUUGUGGUUUCGCUAACUAAUAUGGUUUCGUUAUUUCAAAUGUUCACGCAGAUAUUUUAUUCUAAGCGGUAUUUAUAUAAUUCGAGUGAAUGGUCUAUUGUUUAAGUAACAAAUAAGA